GCACCUCCGCCAUGGCGGACAAACUGACGCGUAUAGCCAUCGUCAACAACGACAAGUGCAAGCCCAAGAAAUGUCGCCAGGAGUGCAAGAAAUCCUGUCCUGUGGUCAGAAUGGGGAAACUCUGUAUAGAAGUGACACCAGCAGACAAAAUUGCCUUCAUCUCUGAAGAGUUGUGCAUCGGAUGUGGUAUCUGUGCUAAGAAAUGCCCAUUCGAGGCCAUUUCCAUCAUCAACCUGCCCAGCAAUCUGGAGAAAGAGACCACACAGAGAUACUCUGCUAACUCAUUCAAGCUACACAGGCUGCCCAUCCCACGACCAGGAGAGGUUUUAGGACUGGUAGGGACCAAUGGUAUCGGCAAGACCACUGCUCUGAAGAUUCUCGCAGGAAAGCAGAAACCCAACCUGGGUAGAUUUGAUGACCCCCCUGAUUGGACGGAGAUCCUGAUGUACUUCCGCGGCUCGGAGCUGCAGAACUACUUCACCAAGAUCCUGGAGGACGACCUGAAGGCCAUCAUGAAGCCGCAGUACGUGGACCAGAUCCCCAAGGCUGUCAAGGGUACAGUACAGUCUCUCCUGGAUAGGAAGGACGAAACAGGAACACAGAACGAGAUCUGUAUAGAGCUUGAUCUAACGAGGGUACGAGACCGUAAUGUUGAGGACUUGUCGGGAGGAGAGUUGCAGAGGUUUGCCUGUGCCGUGGUGUGUAUACAGAACGCUGACAUUUUCAUGUUUGACGAGCCGUCAUCUUACUUGGACGUGAAACAGCGCUUGAAAACGGCUCUCGCCAUCAGGCGGCUGGUAGCAGCAGACAGGUAUGUGAUUGUUGUAGAACAUGACCUGAGUGUGCUGGACUACCUGUCAGACUUCAUCUGCUGUCUGUACGGCGUGCCGGGCGCGUACGGUGUCGUCACCAUGCCCUUCAGCGUCAGGGACGGUAUCAACAUCUUCCUGGACGGCUUCAUCCCCACGGAGAACCUCCGCUUCCGCGACAUGUCGCUCAUCUUCAAGGUGUCGGAGACGGCCGACAAGGAGGAGGAGAUCAAGAAGUUCCGUCGCUAUGGUUACCCCGACAUGACCAAGCAGCUGGGAGACUUCCGCCUGCGCGUCAAGGAGGGAGAGUUCACUGACUCUGAGAUCAUCGUCAUGCUGGGGGAGAACGGUACCGGGAAGACGACCUUCAUCAGAAUGUUGGCAGGGCGGUUGAAACCGGAUGAAGGAGGCGAGAUCCCAGUUCUGAACGUCAGCUACAAACCACAGAAAAUCAGCCCCAAGUCACAGGGCACAGUGCGCCAGCUUCUCCAUGAGAGAAUCCGUGACGCGUACAUUCACCCACAGUUCAUCUCUGACGUCAUGAAGCCACUGGACAUGGAGAAGAUCAUCGACCAAGAGAUCCAGACCCUGUCCGGAGGUGAGUUGCAGCGUGUGGCGCUGGCCUUGUGCCUGGGGAAGCCCGCAGACGUAUACCUGAUCGACGAACCGUCUGCACAUCUGGACUCCGAGCAGCGUCUCGCUGCAGCCAAGGUCAUCAAGAGGUUUAUCCUGCAUGCCAAGAAGACAGGCUUUGUGGUAGAACACGACUUCAUCAUGGCGACGUACCUCGCUGACCGUGUCAUCGUGUUCGAGGGAAUCCCGUCCAAGGAUUCCCUAGCCAAUAGCCCUCAGAUGUUGCUGACAGGAAUGAACAAGUUCCUGGAGUCCUUAGAGAUCACCUUCCGCCGAGACCCCAACAACUUCAGACCCAGAAUCAACAAGCUCAACUCAGUCAAGGACUCUGAACAGAAGCGCAGUGGCAACUACUUCUUCUUGGAAGACUAAAAGGAUCCAAAAGUAACAGGAAUACUUUGAUUGUCGUUGACAAAGAAAAGCAUAAUAAUACCUGUGUGUACUGAAACGAACAAUGCACCUGCUGUAAUGUACUCUUUUGCAUAUACUAUCUACACCAACGUAUGCUGAAGUGUACUGAAAGUGAUGUUCAAAGAACGUUAACAACAAUGUCAUGAAUGCCAGCUGCAUUGUGCUCAGCAUAUUAUACAGUGUACAUGUUACAUAAUUUUGUGCUUAUUUAGGAAAUGUCUGUGAGGGUGAGAAGUUGGUCGCUGCUUAUGAGUGAUUGUCUUUGUAACUUCGUGUGUGAAGACCAAAUUUUCUGAUAUAAGUACACAAGUUAUACUAAUAUUUGUGUCUUUGGCAGGCACAUAUUGUAUAAAAAUCUAUACUGUACGACGUAGAAACUUUGUCUUAUGAAUGUGGUGCCACAAGGUAUCCUUAGCAGUAUGUGAAGUAAAAUCUUCAGUUGCUAUGGAUGAAAUAUCGGUAGUAUGAAGAGAGGACGGAUUUACACCUAAAACAUCUCAGAAUUGAAUUAAUUGGAUAAUUCUGUACUGCAGUUUAGCUUUCAAUGAACUACAACAUACAACAUAGUUUAUGCAACAUGUAUGUAUUUUCCUUUUUCAAGCAUUAAUACUUUUGUGUUUAUAGUGCAAAAUAGAUAAGGAUUCUGAAUCACCCUAUUUGUGUAAUGUGAAACAAUGGCAUUUAUUUACUCAGAAGUUGGACUGACACAACUGUGUUUUGAGCGGAUGGGAAAGAUGAGGAUUCACACAAA